GAGACAGGAAGAAGUUGCGGGCGCAGUGGACCCGAGCCCCGGCUACGCUUUAGGGUGAAGAGCUUUGCCGCUUUCGUAGGUGGCAGUUGCCAUGACGGCCCAGGGGAGUCUGGUGGCCAACCGAGGCCGGCGCUUCAAGUGGGCCAUUGAGCUGAGCGGGCCUGGAGGAGGCAGCAGGGGCCGAAGUGACCGGGGCGGUGGCCAGGGAGACUCGCUGUACCCAGUCGGUUACUUGGACAAGCAAGUGCCUGAUACCAGCGUGCAAGAGACAGACCGGAUCCUUGUGGAGAAGCGCUGCUGGGACAUCGCCUUGGGUCCUCUCAAACAGAUUCCCAUGAACCUCUUUAUCAUGUACAUGGCAGGCAAUACUAUCUCCAUCUUCCCUACUAUGAUGGUGUGUAUGAUGGCUUGGCGACCCAUUCAGGCACUUAUGGCCAUAUCAGCCAAGGAUGGAGUUCAGUGGUGGAGGAUUGCUUUUGUGAACCUGAGAAAGAAGCACCUGGUGCCUAUUUGGAUCUCAUUUACAACCUUCUCUAUGCCCCGUGGCUCCUCCUCAGCACACUAACCUUAUCAUUCACGCUGAAAAGAACCAAAAGCUUUCUUUUCUCCAUGGUGAGGAGACAAAUCCUAGAAAGACAAUGUACAUGUCACUGCAAACACAAAGAAACUAUACCACAACCCUUGACCGAAAAUAAUGUAGAAAACUUUAUUUAUGUUUCCAGUACAGAGCAAAACAAAGCCACAACUCUAUGUAAACAAAAGAAUGGUUGCUGCUAAAUCAAGAACCACAGCAGCAUCUCCUUUUAAUAAAUUAAAUGGUUGAGAACAAUGCUUAAAAAAAGUUGCACAAGUUUCCCUUAAAUCUAUUUUCCUUAAUAUUUCACUUCUAUUUAAUACAAGCUGGGACAUAAAAAUUCUGUUGGAGACACUUGUGGAAAAUGUGAGAAACGGAUGCUCGAUUCAGAUUAUACAUGAUGAAAAGAAAAAUAAACCACACAAAAAGAGCACAUAAA